UCUGAUGUGCCAACCAUGUCUGCUGGAGAUUCAUGGCAAGCUAGCAGAGACCAAUGUGCUGGUAAAAUGCUACUUUGUGAUCUGAAAUUUGCGGGGAUGCCUGAGGCUGGCGGCCCCUUGGCAAACACUGAACAAAUCACCGAGGCAACAGCACCCAGUUCUAAGCUUUUAGGCUGCAGCUGUGUGCGUCGCUGGGUUCCCCUGGCCUACAGAGAGGAACUCUACCACGUUCUGUGCCUCACCGGGCCUCUGCUCAUCUCCAGGAUCCUAAGCUUUCUGCUGCCAUUCGUUACUACAAUAUUCUGCGGUCACUUAGGAAAUGCUGAACUGGCUGGAUAUGCCCUGGCCUCUGCGACUGUUAAUGUGACCACGACAGCCACGGGAUGCGGCCUGGCCCUCGCAUGUGACACACUCGUCUCUCAGACGUUUGGCAGUAAGAACCACAAACGUGUGGGGGAGAUUCUGCAGAGAAGCAUGCUCAUCCUCUUACUCUUCUGCUUGCCAUGUUGGGCCAUUCUUAUCAAUGCUGAGUCGAUACUGCUCACCCUGAAGCAAGAGCCGGAAGUGGCCAGGAUUGCCCAGCUGUAUGUUACGGCUUACCUCCCUGCUGUUCCUGCCAUGUUUCUGCACUAUCUGCAGGUGUCUUAUCUGCAAAACCAGGGUAUCAUCUUGCCCCAGAUGUACACAGCAGUUGCUGCCAACAUUUUAAAUGUAGCAACAAACUACAUCCUUCUUCACGCAAUGAAGCUUGGAGUAAAGGGUUCUGCUGCAGCCAACAGUAUCUCACAGAUCACCAUCUGCCUCCUGCUGUUUGCUUACAUACGUUGGAAAAAACUGCAUCUGAAGACAUGGGGUGGCUGGUCAACAGCAUCACUGCAAGAGUGGGGCUCUUACAUGAAACUGGCCAUUCCCAGCACUCUCAUGCUCUGCUUCGAGUGGUGGAUCUACGAGAUCGGAGGUUUCCUGGCAGGAAUGCUGGGUGAGGUGGAUCUCGCUGCUCAACAUGUGCUGCUAGAGAUCGGGAGCAUUGCUUACAUGUUUCCAUUAGGUGUGCAUGCGGCCGCUUGUGUGCGAGUGGGAAAUGCACUGGGGGCUGGAGACACUGUCAGGGCUCUGAUCACCAGUAAAGUGACUCUCAUGAUCUCAGGGAUUUUGGCUUUUGCACAGGGAAUCGGGAUCGCUUUGACAAAGUCCAAAUUAGGCUACAUCUUCACCUCUGAUGAGAGCAUAGUGGCAAUUGUCUCGCAAAAUCUCACGCUGUACGUUUUCCUGCAGUUUUUUGAUGCUCUUGUGUGUGUGUGUUCGGGGAUUCUCCUUGGUGCCGGGAAGCAGAAGAUUGCAGCAGUGUCUAACUUGAUCUGCUACUACUGUAUUGGUUUACCAGUGGGAAUAUCACUCAUGUUUCUGGCAGAGCUCAGGAUACUUGGUCUGUGGCUUGGCCUUUUGAUUUGUGUUAUUAUUCAGACCUGUUUCUUCACCACUCUCAUCUUCAAACUCGACUGGAAGAAAGUUACAGAGCAGGCCCAGAAACGUGCGGGCAAACAUGCAAAGGUUGUGUGCUUGCCAAAGGCCCCGUUGAUAGGCCCAGUUGUUGAAACCCUGGUUUCUGAAGACCAGGACAAUGCAGAGCAAACUGAUGGAACUUCAAGUAUCCCUGAACCGUGGGAUGACAUAACGGGAAACAAAGCGCAGCUAACAAGUAGUAGCUCUGAAGUGUCCAGCUAUAUACAAGUGAGCACCCAGGACCAAGAUAAACUAGCAAGUGAAUGUGGAGAAGGCCAGCCUAAAGUCUUGCUUUCCAUAAAACAGCUUGUGCUGAGACGAGGACUUACGCUGUUGAUCACCUUACUGAUCCUGAUUGCUGGAAUCACUGUGCAUGUAGUUUGUCCUCUUCCAGAGCACUCUGUUCAACGUCAAAGCAACUUUACAAACGAUUCAGGGAAUUUUUCCACUCCGUUCAGCAUUCUCAAUAUUACAAUGAGCUAAUUUUUAAUUUCAUUUUUCUUAUCUGCAACUGGUGGACAAUGGCUUAUUUUUAAUACGGUCAUCUCCCAUAAGGAGGACAGAAGAAAACUGAUGCCACAUGAAUGGUGUUUGUCAGUGUUAUUUAGGAGAGAGAUGAAAUAUCUGCUGGCUCUUCAGUAUACCAGCUACUAGUAGUGUCCGUUGUAGAUCAGCUGAACAGCUUUACUCUGAAUGUACAGUUUAUAGUACUGUGAACUUUUUGUGACGCACUCCAACUCAGCUUGUAUGCCAGUAUACAGCAGAGUAAGACUACAGAAAUAAGUUGUUAUAACUGUGCAGUGUAUGUUAUUCCAUUUCUUAGGAUUUUACAGUUUAGGUACUUUAAAUAUGGCUUUAUUAUGCAGUUUAUGAGGUUUAGUUUUUCUUGUGUAUGUAUUUAUCAUAUCAAGUAAAGCAUUCAAUGAUGAACUAUUAAAACUUUUUUUAUCCUUUAA